UAACUAGGCAAAUAGGGUUUACAUUUUCCUUCACUUUCAAUCCUUCAGCUACACACACAGGGAGGCGCCGCCGUCUUCUUCUUCUUCAUCCACCAGCAAAAUGGCUAGAGGUUUGAAGAAACACUUGAAGAGGCUCAAUGCCCCAAAGCAUUGGAUGUUGGACAAGCUUGGUGGUGCUUUUGCCCCCAAACCUUCGUCUGGACCCCACAAAUCAAGGGAAUGCUUGCCCUUGAUUCUCAUUUUGCGAAAUAGGCUGAAAUACGCUCUUACAUACCGUGAGGUGAUUGCCAUUCUGAUGCAACGUCACAUCCUUGUUGAUGGGAAAGUCAGGACUGAUAAGACUUAUCCAGCUGGUUUUAUGGAUGUUGUCUCUAUCCCAAAGACCAACGAGAACUUCCGUCUUCUGUAUGACACUAAGGGAAGGUUCAGGCUACACUCAAUCAGGGAUGAGGAAGCCAAGUUUAAGCUAUGCAAAGUCCGCUCAGUUCAGUUCGGAAAGAAGGGUAUUCCGUACAUCAACACAUACGAUGGAAGGACCAUUCGCUACCCGGACCCACUUAUCAAGGCAAACGACACCAUCAAGCUGGAUUUGGACAGCAACAAGAUUGUCGACUUUAUCAAAUUCGAUGUCGGAAAUGUUGUGAUGGUGACUGGUGGUAGGAACAGAGGCCGUGUUGGAAUACUCAAGAAUCGUGAGAAGCAUAAGGGUAGCUUUGAGACUGUUCACAUUCAGGAUUCAACUGGCAAUGAAUUUGCUACACGAUUGAGCAACGUGUACACCAUUGGAAAGGGUACAAAGCCGUGGGUUUCUCUUCCAAAGGGCAAAGGUAUUAAGUUUACUAUCAUUGAGGAGGCCAGGAAGAGGCUCGCUGCCCAAUCGGCAACUGCUUAAUAGUAAUAUUAUUUUUCUUCUUUGCAUGACUAGAUGUUAGUUUAAAUUUGUCGGAGCAUGCAUUUUUCAAUCCUAUCGAGACUGGACCAUUGCUAUAUUCUUCUAUCCGUCGUUUUUAUUAUUGUAGGAUUUUGACUGGAGAAAAUUUGUGGUUUUGUUUUUUUCAUUUGCAAAAUUUAAUUGAGCUUCUCAUUUUGGACACUUUA